GAAGAACCUCGACCUCUUCCUACCGAUACACAAAAAGAUAUUCGACGAGCCUCGAAUAUCCCAAGGACUACCUAAAACCCAAGUACAUACGAUCGAUUGAAGGGACUUCGUAGUACCUUCAAUACUCUGUCUCGGACAACGCGCAAACACUUUUGCGCAGCGUCCUAAGAAAAAAAACCGCAAUCAUGGCUCCUAAGAAGAAGGAACAGCAGAAGAUGUCCCUCGGGACCUUCUUGGCUGACGAGAAGUUGGGAUCAUGGGCCGAUGAGAUGGAGGAUAUGCCAGUUUCCGACUCACGCCCUUCUGGAUAUGGUGGAAGUAGCAACGAGAGACGUACCUAUAGCUCUACUACUGGUACUUAUGGCAACAAUGCUGGAGGUUAUUCCGUUCGCGAGGAACUCCCUCUUCCAGAUAAGCCACCCUACACUGUUCAUCUUGGAAACCUUUCAUUCGAUGCCACUGUCGGCGAUGUUAACGAAUUUUUCGUCGGCUGCGAAUGUAUCAACGUUCGCAUCAUUGAGGACAAGAUGGAGAUGAAGCCCAAGGGAUUCGGAUAUGCAGAAUUUGGCUCUUUGGAAGGUCUCAAGUCCGCCUUGACUUUGAACCAAACCCAGUUCCAAGGACGUAACAUUAGAAUCAGUGUUGCUGAUCCUCCGAAGGAUCGUGGUGACCGUCCAGAUGUACGAGAGCUCGGAGACUGGAGUAGAAAGGGGCCCCUACCUGAUUUACCGGGCCGUGGAGGAGAACGUCGUCCUUCGGACCGAGGAUACCAAUCUAGCCGUUUUGGCGAGGAAGGUGGCGAGCGUAGAGCCCCCCGUGAGCCCGAAAGCGAUGGCAAGGUUCGAGACUUUGGAAACUGGGAACGAAAGGGUCCACUCUCACCCCUCGCCCAACAAGAGCGGGCCCCAAGAGAAGGUGGCCGACCACGAACAAACGAUGGACCAAGAGCCGAAGGUUUCAGAGACCGCAAAGCUUCACCAGCUGCUUGGGGUGAAGGUAGAUCUCAAGGUCAAGGCUCUGGCUCGCAAGAAGGAUCGAGACCACCCAGACGUGAGUUUCAAGAGCGACCUGUCGCCGAGCGCGCGCCCACCGCCGCCGAUCAAGACAACCAAUGGCGUAGCAAAAUGCGACCUGACCCACCAGCUGCACCAGCUGCAAAGUCACCUGUUCUAUCUCGUGAAGGGAGCGAGGCCCCAGCUUCUCCAGCCCUCCCAUCUGCCCCAGCUGGUGGUAGACCAAGAUUGAACCUUGCAAAGCGCACCGUUUCCGAGGCCCCUGCUGACUCGUCCUCGUCAUCUGCCGCAGGUGAUGCGAAGGCAAGUCCAUUUGGAGCAGCUCGUCCAAUCGAUACUGCCGCCAAGGAGAAGGAAAUUGAGGAAAAGCGACAACAAGCCAUCAGAGAGAAGAAGGAUGCUGAUGAAAAGGCCAAGCAGGAGAGAGAGGCUGCAAAGGCUAAGGAGACUGAGGAUAACGAGAAGAAAGUUGAGACCCUACAACAUGAAGGCGAGGAAGCAACAAAGGAAGGAGAGACAAUUGAAACCGAGAAUGCAAACGGCGAGAUUGUUGACGAUAAAGCAGUCAAACCAAAAGAGAUUGUUAGGGAUGCCAAACCAAAACCAUCUGACACUGGAGCCUGGAGACGCCCAUCUGGACCUAAACCACCCAGGGAUGACAUCCCAAGAGGACCCAAGGGUAGAGGUGAUUAUGCACCAAGAGGCCCAAGACACAAUGAUGGAGGAAGGAACCAAAGACAAAAUCAAAAUGGUGGUGGACAAAAUGCGAAUGCACCAACCCAAAACCCUGCUGCUACAACCGAAACUGCAGUCAUGGAAGAGGAUGGCUGGAGCACAGUAUCUAAACCCAAGAAAAAUAACCGUGGUGGUAACGCAGGCCAACGUGCUAUUGCUUCUUAGAUAACAGAUUUUGAGAGGCGUCAUGUUUUCAAAACAUUGACAAACCGGGCGAGCAUUCUCAUUCUCGGUGCACCGAGCAUAGUUUCAUGACUUCACUGCUCCUACAUGGCAAAAAGAUUAAUUUUCUGAUGUUCAAUUCUCAAAACGAUUUCCUUCGGCGUUGGAUUCACAUAAAUCUUUGUGCCUAGAUUUUCAUUAUGCCCAUGUUUAGCCUCACUGGCCCAGAACAACAUCACAGACCUACAACACACACAAAGCUUUUCUGGAAUUUACUCUACUUUGCUAUACUAGUAAAAUCUAGAUUGAAUAUGGGCGGUCUCUACACCAAUGUUAUCUACCUCUUUGGGCGCAUGGUGUUAUUGACUGACAUGUUAGACUAUCUGUCAUACCAUACACUUGGGUCUGUUUGGGUCUGUUGUGUGUUAUUUCACUGGCCUGCUCUCCUGUUUUCCAAAAAGUAAGCUUGGGCAUACAAAAGUUAUCUAUCUUUGAGGAAUAAUGAAUGAUCCUCACUCUCACAGUCUCCACGUUUGUUUAUACAGCCAAUUACAUGCUACCAUCCUAUUAUAUGUUGACUGCGAUUAUGGAUCCAUAUCUCUCCAGAGCCCCAUCAGUAAAAAGAAGAACUUGAAUGAUAACGUGAUAUGAAAUGGGCAUGAUUCCAAAACGAUAGAGGUUUUCCUUUGUGUUUUUUCGUUCAUGGUUGUAUCUGUGUUUGCACCUUUGAGAUUAUUUUUGUACAUUACUAGGGAACGAAAUGAGAAAAGAUGUUUACCAAAGUCA